UCGUGAGGAGGAGGAGGAUGUUGCGCGCGAAGGGGAAAUGGCUGCCGAAAACAAGCCGGAAGGACUGAAGAAAAUUCGUAAUCCGGAUCGAAUGUACAGAUCAGCUGUGUGUUAUGCCGGCCAUGCUCCUCCUAAGAGUAUCAGUGAUGACACAGAGAUGAACAAUGAACAUGGACAUUUGAAAAUAUACCUGCCCAAAAAGCUGCUUGAAUGUCUACCAAAAUGCUUGUCGCUACCAAAGGAGAGACACAGAUGGAACACCAAUGAGGAAAUCGCAGCUUACUUGAUAACGUUUGAAAAGCAUGAGGAAUGGCUAACGACGUCCCCUAAAACAAGGCCACAGAAUGGCUCGAUGAUCUUGUACAACAGGAAGAAGGUGAAGUACAGAAAGGAUGGUUACUGCUGGAAGAAGAGGAAAGAUGGGAAGACCACGCGGGAGGAUCACAUGAAGCUCAAAGUCCAGGGAGUGGAGUGUCUGUAUGGCUGUUACGUCCACUCCUCCAUCAUCCCCACCUUCCACCGCAGGUGCUACUGGCUGCUCCAGAACCCUGACAUCGUGCUCGUCCACUACUUGAAUGUGCCGGCCAUAGAGGACUGUGGGAAACCAUGCGGGCCAAUCCUGUGCUCCAUCAACACAGACAAGAAGGAAUGGGCCAAGUGGACCAAGGAGGAGCUGAUUGGCCAGCUCAAGCCCAUGUUUCAUGGCAUCAAGUGGACUUGUAGCAACGGGAACAGCAGCUCUGGCUUCUCAGUGGAGCAGCUGGUGCAGCAGAUUCUGGACAGCCACCAAACCAAGCCACCUCCCCGGACCCACAACUGCCUCUGCACGGGCACCCUGGGUGCAGGGAGCAGCGUGCACCACAAGUGCAACAGCGCCAAACACCGCAUCAUCUCCCCCAAGGUGGACCCCCGUGGAGGCUACAGCAGUGGUCACUCUGAGGUCCAGAACAACGACGUGUCCGAGGGCAAGACCGAGCACAGCAGCCAUGGAGGAGGGGGAGGGGGAGGAGGGAAGAGCUCAGGGGGAGGAGGGGGCAGCGCCAGAGAGAAACGCAACGGCAAGGUCCACAAGCCUGUUCUCCUGCACCAGAACAGCACAGAGGUGUCCUCUACCAACCAGGUGGAGGUCCCUGACACCACCCAGAACUCCCCCGUGUCCAUCAGCAGCGGCCUGAACAGCGACCCAGACAUGGCUGACAGUCCUGUGGUGACGGGCAUGGGCCACGUAGCCUCCGUCAUGUCCGGCCUGUCCCAGAGUGUCUUCAUGUCCGAGGUGACCGGAGACCCAGUCUACAGCAUGUCCCCCACAGGGGGCCCCAACGCCCACCUCAUGGGCCCCGACGCAGCCUCCCAGGGCCUGGUGCUGUCCGGUGUGGUGGCAGACAGCCACAAGUUUGCCUUCCCUGGCGGAGGAGCUGGGGACGUUCCCGGGGGGACGGGGGGAGCAGACGGGCUGUCCAUGCUGUCUGCAGCCGGGGUGUCUGAGGAGCUGGUCCUGUCCAGCAGUCUGGAUGCCGGAGGCAUGAAGAUACCUGAGACCACCAUGAACUUCGACCCUGACUGCUUCCUCAACAACCCCAAGCAGGGCCAAACCUAUGGGGGCAGCAGGCUGAAGGGGGACGGCAGCUCCUCCUCCUCCUCCUCUUCCUCCAACGGCACCAAUGGCAGCAUGCAGCGCUCUCCCUCCAUGUCAGACUCUGGAUACAGCUUCAACUCUGCUCUGGUGAAGAACAUCAAGACGGAGGACAUGUCCUUCGAGCAGCAGCUGGCCACAGAGCAGGGUUACCAGGUGGGGGCGGUGGUGAGCUGUGGAGGAGGUGUGUCUGGUUCCUCUGGGGCUGGUUCAGCACAGGGCUCCCUCAGCCUGACCCCUGCAGGCUCUCUGCUGCCCUCUGGAGGAGGCCUGAGCCCCAGCACCACCCUGGAGCAGAUGGACUUCAGCGCCAUCGAUGCCAAGCAGGACUACUCGUCCGGGGCUGGGUCAGUGGGCUAUGGCCAGGCUAUGAACAGCCCCCACCUCUCACACCAGAGCCACUCGCCCAGCUUCUUCCUCCAGGACACUCAGCAGGCCGGCCAGGCCCAGCAGGGCAGGUCCUCCAUGGGCCAGAAGACUCAUCUGAUGGAGCACAACUCCCACGACUCCACAGCCUACAUGAGCCUGCAGGUGGUCAAGACGGACUCCCCUGGCAGCAACGGCCACCUCCACCACCACCACCAGAGCCACCAGGGCCAGCACAGGGCCAACUGCAAUGGGGGCUCCCCCACCGAGGGGCCAGGGCAGGGGCCUGGGUCUCUCCAGCUCCUGCAGUACCAGGGGGGCUUCCCUGGGCUGGGACCAGAGCAUGAGGAGGUAGUGGGUCUGGAGCAGCCAGGCAGCGUGAGCUCAGGCCAGGCCGGGGGAACAGAGAACGGAGAGGGUCUACUGAAGCCUGGGGAUCACCUCCAGGCCUGUGGAGGAGGCAACCUAGAGGGAGGAGGGGCAGAGCACUACCUCCAGCAGGCCAAUGACGGAGGAGGAAGUCAGGGAGGUGGAGGAGGAGGGGAAGGAGUGGCCAUGCGCAACGGAAAUGGCGUCAACAAUGACGGCAGCAACCGCUCCCAGCAGCAGCAGCAGCAGCUGCAGCCCCUCCUCCAGGGGGCUGGGAUGGUCCAGGGCCUCUACAACACUGUGGGCCCCCACCAGGGCCUGGGCGGAGCGGGCUCCAAUGGGGUAGCAGGAGGGGGAGGCAUGGAAAUCAGCCUUGACCACUUCGACAUUUCCUUCGGGAACCAGUUCUCUGACCUUAUCAAUGACUUCAUCUCUGUGGAUGGUAGUGGAGCCAACAUGACGGCCGGAGGAGCCCUCUACACACACCAGCUGGUGGGCAACCACGGCUCAGACGGCCAGGCCACGCCUAGCGGAGCUCCCCAGCAGGACCAGGAGGACGGAGGGGUAGGAGGGGCCCGGGGGGCAGGAUACAGCCCCUCAGAGCUUUGUCUCCAGCCCUGCUGCAGCCCCCAGUCUCUGGGUGGAGGGUCCGGGGCUGGGGGUGCAGGGGUGGAGCCAGGCUCCCUGGCCUACAUGCAUGUGGCGGAGGUUGUGUGUGCAGCCGUGGCCCAGGGGGCUCUGGGUAUGCUGCAGGCCACUGGGAGACUCUUCAUCGUCACUGACUACUCCCCCGAGUGGUCCUACCCUGAGGGAGGAGUGAAGGUGCUCAUCACUGGUCCAUGGCAGGAGACCAGCUCUAACUACAGCUGCCUGUUUGACCAGGUCGCUGUCCCUGCCUCUCUCAUCCAGCCCGGGGUGCUGCGCUGCUACUGCCCAGCUCAUGACACUGGGCUGGUGACGCUGCAGGUGACAGCCAGUAACCAGAUAAUCUCUAACUCUGUGGUGUUUGAGUACAAGGCCCGUGCCCUGCCCUCACUGCCUUCCUCACAACACGACUGGCUCUCACUGGACGAUAACCAGUUCAGAAUGUCCAUCCUGGAGCGCCUGGAGCAGAUGGAGAGACGGAUGGCAGAGAUGGCCUCCCAUCACCAGCAGAGCAGUGGAGGAGGUGCAGGGGCAGGAGGAGGAGCAGGGGGAGCAGGUGGUGGAGGAGGAGGAGGUGGUGGUGGUAACAACAGCCAGACACAGUGUGUGUCAGCGCAGGGUCAGGCGGGCAGCAGCUUUGAGAGCCGUGUGGUGGUGGUGUGUGAGAAGAUGAUGAACCGGGCCUGCUGGGCCAAGUCCAAACAGCUGAUCCACUCCAAGACCUUCAGGGGCAUGACCCUGCUUCACCUGGCUGCUGGGCAGGGCUACGCCACCCUCAUCCAGACACUCAUCAAGUGGCGCACCAAGCAUGCAGACAGUAUUGACCUGGAGCUGGAGGUGGACCCACUCAAUGUGGACCACUUCUCCUGCACCCCUCUGAUGUGGGCGUGUGCCCUGGGUCACCUGGAAGCGGCAGUGGUCCUGUAUAAGUGGGACCGGCGGGCCCUGGCCAUCCCUGACUCUCUGGGACGUCUGCCCCUGUCCAUCGCCCGCUCCCGUGGCCACACCAAGCUGGCCGAGUGUUUGGAGCAGCUGCAGAGAGAGGAACAGCAGCCUCCUGCACCCCUGCCCCCCACCACACGCAUAUCCUUCUCCCCCACCCCCCACGACGCACCCACCUCAGACAGCUGGAUGGUCACAUGGGCCAGCGACAGCGUUAUGGCGCCCGGCGGAAAGAAAGGCGGCGCCGCCACCAUGACCACCUCCACCACCACCAACCUCAACCCAGACUUGAGAAGGCCGCGAUCCGAGCCCUCCAACUACUACAGCAGUGAGUGCCAGCGAGACCUGCCCUUGGCCAAGAAACACAAGCCCAAUCCAGAGCUGUUCCAGGCCAGGCCCGACAAGGCCAGGUCUGUCCCACUGAGCCUGGAGCAACAGCAGCUCCACAAGCUGUCCUUCAGCCCCAAGACCCUGUCCCCUGAGGGCCUCAGCCCAGACAAGAGCCUCUCCAGUGGGGGAAGCGCUGGAGGAGCCGGGGGAGCCAAGUGGAGCUCUAGGGAGGGUUUCUCCAGCAGGGACUCAGGCAGGAAGGGUUCAGGGGGCUCUGGGGGCAGCAGCCUGGGGAAGGAGAAGCUGGCUAGCAGGCUAAGACAGAGGGAACAGCUGGGGAACAUGCUGGUGAUGGCUGAGAGAGAGAUGGUGGACACUGAGCUGUUCUCCUACAGAGAAGACCUGGAGAACCAGGACUGUAUGACGCAGAUGGACGACCUACAGGAGAACAUGAUGACUCUGGCAGAGCACAUCAUUGAGGCGACCCCAGAGAGGAUCAAGAGGGAGAACUUUGUGGCCCUGGACGGGGUGCCCCUGGACAGUACUGGGGUCAGCAACACCAUGAGCUGGUUGGCCAGUUACCUCGGAGACGUGGAGCAGCUUCCCAGCAUCAUACACCUACGAUCUCUGUACAGUGAGCCUCUGACUUUGUCCUCCAAUCCCAGCCUCAGCCCAGGGGGGUCUCCCCUGAGGGAGGGGCCCAUGGAGAGGCCUACCCUGCCCUCCCCGGCCGACUGGAGCGAGUUCAUCCAGGCCUCUAACAGCAAGGUGGAGAGAGACCUGGCCCAGCUCACCCUGUCCGACCCCGAGCAGAGGGAGCUGUACGAGGCCGCCCGUCUGGUCCAAACUGCCUUCCGCAAGUACAAGGGACGCCCAUUCAGAGAGCAACAGGAAGUAGCUUCGGCAGUCAUUCAGCGUUGUUACAAGAAAUACAAACAGCUAACAUGGAUAGCCUUGAAGUAUGCACUUUAUAAGAAGAUGACGCAGGCCGCCAUUCUUAUCCAGAGUAAGUUCCGCAGCUACCAUGAGCAGAAGAGGUUCCAGCAGAGCAGGCGGGCGGCCGUGCUGAUCCAGCAAUACUACCGCAGCUACAAGGAGUUUGGCAGGCUCAGGCCCCACCGCCGAGGAGCCGCCACCGCCCUGGUGCAACACAAACUCAGAAGUAGUCUGCUCACUAAGAGGCAGGAUCAGGCUGCCAGGAAGAUCAUGAGGUUUCUACGCCGCUGCCGCCACAGCCCCUUGAUGGACCAUAGACUGUUCAAGCGGAGUGAAGGAAUUGAAAAGGGCCAAGGAACAUGAGAACCUUCAGAAGAGCCCCCUCACAAUGUGACAUCACUCUCCUCCUGCCUCUUCUUUUCCUUUUCCCUUUAUACCCAAGACAUUUUACAAGAGAAGAAAAAAAAAACAGUUCAGUGAAAACACUGCGAUUAUUAUUACUACUACUAUGGCAGCGUGGCUGAUUCUACUUCUACUUCUAACAACAGCAUUUUUCACGUUUAUCUUUUACUUCCCUCUGACGAUGUUUAUGUUGGAGAGUGGCAACUUCUUCUGUAGAAUUAUAAACUAAGGGGAAGAAGCUCUGGGGGGCAGAACAUUUGCUUCAUGGCAUUCUUUGCACUUUUUCAUGGAUUUGCUUUGUCUUUUUGGGAGUAUCGGAGUGUAGGUAUAAGAGGGUAAAGGAAGAGGAAUGCUGGACAUGUCAGGAAAGGUCCCUGUGGAUCAAAGGAAGAGGAUAAGAUAGAGGACGCCUAGGAUGGAGGCAGAUGGCGGCCAGAACAUAAGGAAACAUGACAGAAGCAGAAACACAUUUGGGACUUGGCUCUAAUUGUAUUUCAUAUUUUUUUAAGUGACUGAUUAUUCCAUUUGAAGAAGAAAAAAAUGUCACUUAAUGAACCAAAAAUUCUCAGUAAUACAUUGAUCCAUUUGCACACAUACACUCCCUGUCGACAGUUAGAAGAAUACAUUCAGUAUAGUAACUCAAAAUAGAUCAAAAAGUCCCCUUCCUGUUACACUGUGCUCUACCCCGCCAGUCAGUCCAAAGGGGUGGGGUUAAAUAUGAAUGUAGGAGGGGUGUGAGCCGAAAUGGGUGGGGCUUAUUCAAAUAUUGGCUUAUUUUGUUAUCUAGGUUUGGGGGGAGGGGUUAUGUACUGUAAGGCAAGGGAUAGGGCGAUUCAAUGGAAUUACAAUUCUUAUUAUUUUUUAAAAAUAUUAUUAUUAUUCUCUUUUCUAUUCCUCUUUGCUUGAAUCUGUUUUGUGCUCAUGCCCAUGACCGAUUUACAACUGACUUGUCUCCUCACAAUUCAGUGUUGUCGAUUUUAUCAAAUAUGCAUGCCUAUGGGUGAAUGUCUUCACCUGCGUGCUGGAAGUUAGGUCUGUAUCCUCCGAUUUUCUAUGUUUUGCUUUUGUCUUCAUGUUCAAAACAACUGAGUGGCCCAUGUACCAACCUACUCUCCCUAUUGUCAUACCCUCUAGUUACUGAAAUUAUACCAACAUCGUCCUCUUCUUUUCUUUUUUUGUUGCCUUAUUUCAUUUGUUUACUCAGUAUUCUAAAAAGAAAGAAAACUUGCCUCUUUUGUGUUGUAAUGAUUACAGUCAUGAAGGUUAUUGUUGUUCUUUUUAAAUGAACUUCAGGGCCUGUGAGGGCUUUUGAGGGGAAGAUCACAUACAUUGCCUUGACGUCUUAGAGAUUCUUUGAGGGGUCCCUAAGCUAGUCCCAAAAUAGGGGUUAGACAAAUCCAUAUUUUUGACAAUUGAGCGGUUUCUGUAUAUAAAGAAGGCUGAAGGUAGGGAAAAACAUUUACCCAAAGGGAAUUGUAUUUUAGAAAUAUAUUAUUUUAUUCAUUAAAAAGGGGUCAAAAACAGGUAUGAGACAAAAACAGAAUAUUUGUAUAGUUUUGUUUGAAUGCCUAAGAAGUAUGGUUGUAUUGUUUGUAUAUAGUGUAAAUACCUGGGAUAAAGAUGAGCUAUGUGCAUGAAAAACAUGAACAAAGGUUAAAAAACUAAACAAAAGCAGUAGUGGCUAUGCUCUGUAAAAUUAUUAAAAGUAUUUCACUAUAAGAGUAUUUUAUUUUAUUUUGAUUGUUCUUGGGAAGAACAUUUUGCUAAAGCAUGACAUUAUUGCAAAUGCUAAAAACUUUAAAAAAAGAUAACAUAUUUAGAGUUAGGAGAAAUCUGCAAAAGUAUCUUAAGACAAGUAUGUUUAUGUUUACAUUUUUGUUUUGGGCUACCAAGAAUAUUUUGCCAAUGGUGCCAAGUAAUGUGAAUGCUAUAUUGCUUAACAAGAUAAUUAAGUUACUCUUUGCAGAACAGAUAAUCAUACAAUGAAAUACACACUAGCAUUGAAGACCACAAGGUCCCAUCCCGACUGGCAGUGGAUCACAGAUAAAGGUACACAUUGCAGAGGGAGAAAUAUUUCUACAGCAACUUUUAAGUCUCUCAUUUCUCUUCCAUUAUCACACGUCAGAACAACCCAAGCUUUUUUGCCAUCAUCACCAAAUACACAGGGAUCACUUGUCAGUAACAUGUUAAGUGCAAAAAAGCCUACUGUAUGAGAAAGAGGGGUUGUGUUGUCAGUGUCUCUUUGCAUGUUUGUAUGGAUUGUGUUCAUAUAAAGAUUGUAAAUGGACCGAGUUUAGGAAACCCUGAAAUAGACUAGAUCAAUGUAUCAAACUGCUGACACAAGACAAUACUUUUUUCUAAGUGUGGGCUGGAGGCUUAACUUGACUAAUGCUGUCAGGGUCUGGACAGACCAGAAUUAUUCCUUGUCAAAAUGUCAUGUGGCCACAGUCAACGAGGUACAUGUGUAGCGUCUCUGGACUGGUAUUCUUUGUAAAAGUAAAUUAAUAAUUUACUUCCAGGAGGAACACUUGUUUAAACAAUCUAAGGUGCUAAAAUAACAUAAUUAAACAGGGAUGGGGUUAUGGUGAAACACAUUAACCAUUAUGGAUCAGCACAGCCUAGUCAAUGAGCAAAAAUGAGUGAUAUAUAAAGCUGUAAACGUUACAAGAUGCACCAGUGUCAUUAUAGCAACUUCUGAAGAAGAAUAUGUGUCUGGCUCAUAAUGGCAUAUGUGAGGACCGUGUUUGAAAGAUUAUGAAAUUAAAUGUGAGUGGUGGGAACAGACACAUUGAUACCAGUUGAUUUGAUCUGUGAAUCCAUGAUAUAUACUAUCCAAUAGUCUGCUGGUUUUUGUAGUUUUGCUGAAAUAUAUUAUAUUCAUAUCAAAACAACCAGGUGGUGUAUUCUCCAUUCAAGUGAUGACAUUCAUUAUUCAAACAAGGUGUGAAUGCCAUUGGACAAUUAUGUUUUGUUGUUUCAAUUGCUGAAUUUCGUCUCAGACACUGUUAGCUAUUCUGAUGUUUUUAUUAUUAUGUACUGCUGUGUUUAUUUCACAGAGACUUGAUAUGUAAACCUAUUUUCAGAGUGUUUAUGUAGAAAGUGCCUAAUCAUAUCCCGAUUGAUCGCACAAAGCCAAUGUCAGGGAGAAAAACAUGGCUUUGGAGAGAAAAAGAUCACCUGAAUCCAUAAUUCUUUAGGACUACUGUAUAUCAAGUAUAAUACAAUAUAUCAAUCCAAAAGCAUCACCAAAUUCAGUCAGGUGACAGUGUUCCCUUAACCAACCCAGUAUCACCACGGAAUGCAUUCCGUCUUGUCAACAUUCUAAGCAUUUUUAUUUUCUAUUGGAACUGCCUGUUGAAAACAUGAGAAUUUGAUUCCAUAACUUUUGUGGUUUUAUUACCUUGCCUUCAUCAUUCCGGUAGUGGUAAGAAUGCUAGCUAAUGCACUGCUGUGGCAAUAUGGGAAGGUUUUAUUAUGCUUGCAUGGGUAAAAUAGUUAACUGGGUGACUGAACUGCACCCAAAGCAUGCUUAUUUUUCUAGAAUCGGUAGUCAGAUAGACUUGUAAAAGACUUACUGUUCUGUAAAGCGAAGAACGUUUGUAUGACAUGUCACAGAACUAUCAAAGAUGGAGGGCAGUUGAUUGGAGGGCAGAGGAGAACCCUAAAAAUACAAAACUAUAAUCAAUCUGCAGUAUUUACUGACCAGGUUUCCAGGGGUAGCAUGAGGGCAAGUUUUUCUAGAAGCAAAUCUUUUUUUAUUCAUUUAUUCAUUUUUAUUCAUUUGGAUCUAGAGAUAGUGUGCUCCCAACCCGACAGUUCGGACACUCUUUUGACAGUAUACUGCAAGUCUUUUACUAGGCAACAACACACAGACACACACACACACAGGCGACAGUACACUGCACUGCACACAUCCAGAUAUGUCAAGGCAUAGUCAGUCUCACUUGUACACAGUUCAGCAGAGAGAGCUCAUCAUGUGUUAUUUUCCUAGCCUACUCCUAGUCCUAGGGAACAGCUCACCUCCCUUCUGUAUUUUACUCAGGGUGCCAAAAUGGGGAGGAGGAAGUGGAGCAGGACAUUGAUUGGUGAUUCAGAGUAGAGAGAGGUCAUACUGUAUUGAAAUAGGAUAGGACGACAUAAGGCCCCUCAACAGAGCUUUCUAGAUAAAACAGGCAAAUUACUACUGAUCAUGGAUACAUUAUUGGUAUCCAUUUCCUCUCAAGUAAGUAAGCUGAACUGAGGAGAGAUGUAAUGGCAGGAUAUAAGAACUAGGGGAUACAAGUAUUUGUAGUAUAGAUCAUUAUAAUUAGGACAAGCUUAUCACAAUUAACAGUAUAGUCAAUUGUUUCUGUCUUGGCUACAGCUCUGACAGAUAUGAAUUUGUAGGCAUUAUGGGAUACUAUGGCUUAGUCUUAUGUAAAUGCUUUCCUUUCUUUUAUAGACUAUGCUUAUGAGUCUAAUAACAAUUUAACCUUUGACCUCCUCUGGCUUGAUGGUUCUCAUUAAAACAAGGACUUGCUGUGUGAAUCUAUGAUAAUGUAAUAACACCACACACAGUUUCAAAUAGUCUACAACAUUUAAUCUCAGCUAAGAUAUGGAUGAUGACAUGUUGUAACAUUUGAAUGGGGUCUUCCUGAGACUUUGGGGUAGUUGAAGAUGACCAGAUCUUAGGUUACAGAAAAAGCACUUCAGGAAUGGCCAUCUUCUGGAUGGUAUGACAGGUUAGCUAUAACAGGCACUUCAUAUGGAUUUUAUUACCUUCAUUACAUUCUGCUAAUUGGCCUGAGGGACUGGAUGGUCUUCCCUCCUCUUCCUUUGUCAAUGCACCCAAAAUACUGGAAGGUAGGCACAUCACAACCUUUUCCACUUGUGGACACAGAGCAAUAAGCAUUAUUUUGUGGAGACCUAUAGACCUAGUGAAGAAUAAAAUGAUUGGACACAUGUAGUCAACGUACUCUUAUGCAAAUGCCAGUAUUGCAAGACAAGCAUUCAGUAGUUUAUGGCACCCUUUACCGAACUGCACGUUUUCAUCAAUUCCAAACCAAGAAGAAAAAAAUGGCCCUGCUUUAAUACAAAGUCGUGGGUCCUUGACACUUUGCAUGUGAACUAGUGUUAGAGCUAUUUUCCUCUCCUCUAUAACUGUAUUUCUCUCUGUCUUUCCCUGUUAUGUGACCCUCUCUUUCUUUCCUUCCCCUAUUAUUUCAACCACUCCUUAUUUUCAUUUCUCCUAUUGUGUUUUUCUUUCUCUACUUUUUCUUCCCUCUCUUUCUUGUUUGUAAGUUUUAUUUUUGUAAUUGUGCAUGUACAAGCGUCACUGACUCGAUGGAUAUGUUUCUAAAAAAAAAGCUGCUGAAGCCAUGCAAAACUUUUUGAAAUGCCCUAAAAAUAUGGAAGAUGUUUUCUGAAUGCUUUAUAUUCUUUCUGCUGUAAAAUAAUAAAAAAAAGAAAAAAAUGAAGAAAA